AUAGUUACUUGUUAUCAUACAUUACCGAUUUUAUACUAUUUCGUUCGCGAAAGUUUCACGCUGCAUUAGUCACAGAGUUUAUCAACGCACACAUUACAGUAUCGGCAGUGCCGAUUGGCACUUGUGUAGCCAAAUUAAUGAAGUUCAAGCGUUUUUCAGCCUUGAGUGGAUACUAGUGACUUGUAGACCCUUAAAAAUUGUUUUAUUUUUCCUAAUUUUCUAUGUGCUUCAACCUCAACGAGACUAACAUGGAUGAAGAGAAUCAGGAUCGCGAUGUUCAAUUGAAAAUUGUUGUGAGGAAAAAUGAAUAUUAUGUCUCCAAAAAGUUCAUUUGUUCAUCUGUGCCGUACUUUGAGAAAAUGUUUUGUGGUGAUUUGUUGGAAUCAACGGAAAACAAAGUGGUUCUGGAUUUUGAUGAACAUGUCUUCGAUUCUAUCCUCAAUUGGAUUCAUACUGGAUCGUUCUUAGUGCAAAUGGAGGAUGUAAUUGCUCUUUACGAAGCAGCUGAUUAUUUGAUGAUCGAUGAACGUUUGUUUGAACCAUGCAUGGAUUAUUUCCACAAUAAUUUUACCAUUGAACAUCUUCCAAUUGUUUUAUCUCAAGUCAAAAAAGCUUCCAAAUUGAUCAAUGCAGAAGCCAUUGAUUACUUCAUCUGCCGCCAUUUCUUAAAGAUUAUCAACACUGAUGUUUUCUUGGAUUAUCCAGUUGCAACAAUCGAACAUAUUCUCAAAUUAGAUUUGAUGGUUUACUCUGAAUAUCAAGUUUUUGAAUCAAUCAUGAAAUGGGUGAAUAAGAAUGCAGAUUCUAGAAAAGGAUUACUUCCUCAACUAUUGAAUUGUGUGCGUUGGUUUUUCAUGGAUCCUGUUGAGUUAUCAAAGGUUAAAGAUAAUGAAUUAAUAAAGACUCUCAGAGAUUUUGAUUCAAUUAUCUCCUCUAAGGGUGAUUGUCGAUCCAAUCGAACUAAACAAACCUUCCGAAUUUCAAUUCAUCGAAUAGAUGAUUUAAAGUUGCUGAUAAAUGUGUACGAUGAUGACUUUUUUUGUUUGCCGAUUGGUGAUUUUACUCAAGACGAUUCAAUGUCUCUUGAAUUUGUACAUAGAGAACACAUUUCGGAUAUUUUAUUUGAUACUGGAAGACAGGGUAUUCGAGUUGAUUGGAGUAAAAAGACAUUUCGAUGGCUUGACUUCAAAGUUGCUGGUAAAACCUACUAUACCCAAUUGUCCAAAACAAUUGUCCAGUUUCUGAAGCCUUCUAGCUCGCUUAUUUGUCAUUUGGAGGAAAAAGAUACGACGCUUCCUGGACAAAUUAACAAUGAUGAGGCUGCGAUAUUUGAAUCUGUUGACAGCUACAUCGUGAUUGGUAAGACUAAAGAUUAUCGAAAGCUGUUUGGUCUUUUCCCAGUUCUUCAUCGAAGUUGGUUCAAACAUUUUAAAGAUAAUAAGCAUACUUUCCAUGCCACUGUUUUGGACAAGGUUGUUUAUAUUCUGACGGAGAAUCUCGAAUUCAUUCAAUUCAAUUACGAAACGCGAAGCUGCAAUAAGAGUAAUCCUUUCAAAGGCAAACAUUUAUAUUUUCAUUAUUUGCUCUUAACUUCUCAUCAAGCAAAGGAUAAUAAAGUAAUUUUGGUGGAUAAAUCGACUGGAAAAAUUCAUAUUUUCUGUAUUAAUGAGCAGCAAUGGAUUGAAAGAUAUGUAAUGAUGAAUAUAAAGUUUUGUUCCGACAGUUCCAAUAACUGUUCUUAUCAGCUGAUUGCCUUCGCCUCAACGUUUUUACAGAUGAAAAAUAUCAAACCUUUAUAUAAAAAAAGUUUUGUUCACUUUGACCUUCAUGUGCCUUAUUCAUCCAACUUUUUUAAGAAUUUUUAAGAAUUAUUUGCAGAAACUGCAAUCAAUUUAUCAUUUUGAGUUAUGUUGAAUUAUUUUUCAAUUUUUAUGCUUUUGGCUGUGAUAAAAAUAGUGAUUAAAAAUGAAAUUGUUGAAUUUCUCCAUUCGCUCUAGUUACAUUACGGAAAAGAAAAUGUAAGUCCCGCCCUUACUAUUAGUCAGCAGUAACAACAUGUGUAUUCAGACCCAUGUUGGGCAGUUGUUGUUUUAAACUCACUGGUACACACACCUCACGCUCCAAGACUAAUUUUAUACUUUUAAAAUAAUUUUUUUAGUACUUCACUAUCGACUAUUUUUAUGUGUUUUAGUUAUUUUAUUUUGCUCACUGUUUUAAAAUGGAUUGAGUGGAUCAGAAUUGUGAUGAAGAACUGAUAAUUGUGAAUAGAAGUCAAGAAUAUUAUGUCCCUAAAACAUUCAUUUGUUCAGUUGUGCCUUAUUUUAAGAAUUUUUUUUCUGGCGAUGAAUUGGAAUCAAAGGAAAACAAAGUGACUCUAGAUUUUGAUGAACGUGCCUUUGAUGCUCUUCUUAACUGGAUUCACACAGAAUUAUUCAUCAUUCGUAUGGAUUAUGUGAUUAGUUUUUAUGGAGCAGCUGAUUAUUUGAUGAUAAGUCAGCGUUUGUUUAAACCAUGUCUUAAUUAUUUCCACAAUAAUUUUACAUAAAAUAUCUUCCACUUGUCCUAACUCAAGUCAAAAAGUCUUCCAAAUUGAUAACUUCAGGAGCUAUUGAUUGUUUCAUUUGUCGCCAUUUUUUGAAGAUCGCUAACACUAAUCUUUUCUUAGAUUAUCCAGUUGAAACAGUUGAACAUAUUUUAAAAUUAGAUUUAAUGAUUUACUCUGAGUAUCAAGUUUUUCAAUCAAUCAUGAAAUGGGUGAAUAAGAAUACAGAUUCAAGAAAAGAAUUUCUUCCAAAGCUAUUGAGACUCGUGCGUUGGUCUUUCAUGGAUUCUAGUGAAUUACUAAAAGUUAAGGAAAAUGAAUUGAUAAAAGCUCUAAGAAAUUUUGAUUCAAUUAUUUCCUCUAAUGGUGACUGUCGAUUCAAUCGAACUAAACAAAACUACUUCGUCUCAAUUCAGGAAACAGAUCUUUAUUCAAAGAUGCGGAUAAAUAUAUUUGAUAAAGAUUUAUUUUGUUUACCAAUUGGAGAUUUUACUGAAGAUGAUACAAUGUCACUUGAACUUGUUCAUGAAGAACACAUUACAGAUAUUUCAUUUGAUACUGGAAGAAGAUGUAUCCGAGUUGACUGGAACAAAAAGACAUUUCGAUGGCUUGACGAAUACCGGGGUGGAACUUAUUACAAGAAAAUUAAUAAAUUGAUUGUCAAUUUCCAGGAUUAUCGUGGUCAAUUUUCCUGCUAUUUGGAUGCUAAAGCUACUGCAAUUGGGGAUAAAAUUCCUUAUAAUUCAUAUUUAUUGGUUGAAUAUAACGAUGGAUUUUUAUACAUCGGAGAAACUGGAGGAGAAAAGGAAUAUUUUGGUAUUUUCCCAGCGACUACUUCGAGAUGGUUCAAUAAAUAUGAGCAAGAUUGCGAUCAUGAAUUCCAGGCAACUAUUUUGGACAAAGAUGUUUAUGUAUUCACAUCGGAUGAUGAUUUUUUCAAAUUUAAUAUGGAAACCCGUUCAUACAAUAAGAUUGAACUAUUUAAAGGUGCUAAGGAUUUGAGUGUAUUUGACUCUAUCCUAACUUCUCUUCAUACAGAAGAUGAUAAAAUAAUUCUGAUUGAUAGAUGGAAUGGAAACUGCUAUGUUUAUUGCGUUAAACAGAAGAAAUGGCUUGAAAAAUAUAUUUUAAAUGUAAAUCCCAAUUCCAACGGUUCUCAUAAAGCUACUCAUGAGUUAAUGGCCUUCGCAUCAACGUUUUUAUCGAUGAAAAAUAUAAAACCAUUGUUCAGGCGAGAUUUCUUGUAGCUCUUUCAGCUUUCUAGAAGUCCAAUAUAAUCAUAUUUGAAUGUAGUUCAUCUGAAUUCAAUUUUCGUUUUAUUCAAAAUUCAUGGAAAUUACAAAGUGUA